CGAUGAUUCGCGUAAGAUCAUAUUCCUAUUUGUCAGUGUACUCGUUAAUUAGAUUAUAUAUUCGUAUUUUUCAUUACCAAUUCUGAUAUUUUGUACAGGUAAUAUCACGAUGCAAACAGAGAGGAUGUUUUGACCUACUAAGAAGAUAAUUACAAAUUUUUGCUAUUGUAGCAUAAACUGCUGAAAGCAGUUAUAUAUUUAUUGACUGAUAGAUUUGUUGCCAAAAUAUGCCAUUAUCAUCGAGCAGACGAUGAAUACAAAAAUAAGAAACUGCAUAGAUAUCCAUACAUACACAUAAAUAUAGAAAAAUAUAUUUAUUCUUCUUGAUCAAGGGAAGGGGAAAUAAAAUGUUAAUUAUCUUGUUCCAAGAGCUAAGUAUUACAUCACGUCAGAGCAUUAAUCGACGUAUCAGUCGUCUUCGUGCUCUCGAAUAACGCACAUUCAUUGAUACAGACGCUGAGCUUAGAAAACAACUAGUUAAUAUUAAAAAUUUUCGAUUUGAACUUACGAUAUUUUCGACGUCGAUCCUGAAAAUUUAUAAAAAAACAAAAGAAACUAGAGAACUACUCCAUAAAUUUUCCAUAAGCAGCCUAAAAUCGUUAGGUACGUGACACAAUCAUGGAGGCAUGCAUGGAGGCCAGUUGUGCAGCUGCAACGACUAGUGCUUCUACGUUCAUUUUCCUACAACUGGUGCAAUCACUUCUAGUCGCACAAUGCGGUUUGAGCGACAAUUAUCCACCGGACCGUUCGGAAGAAAUCGCGAAUAGCAACAUCGAAUUCGAUUUUGUCAUCGUAGGCGCCGGGAGCGCUGGAUCCGUAAUAGCUAAUCGUUUGACCGAAGUAGAAAACUGGAAAGUAUUGCUGAUCGAGGCCGGAGAUGACCCCUCAGCUGUCAGCGAGGUCCCAUUGUUAUUCCCAGAGACGUUAUCCACGUCGGAAGAUUACUCCUACGACGCCGAGCCUGACGAACUCAUCUGUCAAAGCUCCAAAAAUAAAGUGUGCAAAUGGCGUAAGGGUAAAGCUCUCGGCGGUAGCACCACGAUAAACGGUAUGAUCUACCAUUACGGUAACGAUGAGGAUUAUAACGAGUGGUCCCGGAUGGGUAACGAAGGAUGGAGCUACGAGGAGGUUCUGCCGUAUUUCAAGAAAUCACAGAGCUGCAAUUACGUUCACAGCGACGAGAGGGAAUAUUGCGAUCACGGUGGACCAAUGCACAUCGGAUAUUUUAAUUACACCGACACAGGAAUACAAAAAUUGUUUAUGAGCGCCGCUCGCGAGUUGAAUGUGCCUAUUCUAAAUACCGUUAACGGUGACAAGUACAUUGGAUACGGCAUAGCUCCGGCAAAUGUGCACGAGGCUCGCAAGAUGAACACGGCAAGAGCCUUCUUGUCACCGAUUAAAAACAGGAGCAAUUUCUACGUGAUGAAGUCCACUCGAGCUGACGCCGUUCUCCUGCGAGGCACUCAGGCGAUCGGAGUACGUGUGACUCUAAAGAAUGGCAGGUCAAUCGACGUGAGAGCAUCGAAAGAGGUGAUUCUGUCCGCCGGCACUGUCGCCAGUCCACAACUGCUAAUGCUCUCCGGCAUUGGACCUAAGCAGCAUCUUCUUGAAAUGGGCAUACCGAGUGUUGUUGAUUUGCCAGUCGGCAAAAAUCUUCAGAACCAUGUCGGUUGGCAAGGUAUAUAUUUGACCUACAAGAAUGAGACCGCGAGACCGCCAUCGUCCACGUUCAUUUCAGAUGAAGCUUAUGAAUAUUUAAUGUAUAAACGUGGUAGUUUGGCGACCAGUGGUGGUUUCGAUUUUGUCAGUUUUGUCAAUGUAUAUGACUCAAACUCCAAGUAUCCCGAUAUACAGUUCUUUCAUGUUCACUAUCCGCAGUGGAAUGUAGACAAGCUGAACGUGAUAUCUAAAAUAUUCACUAUGGACGACGAUAUGAAGCAUGACAUAAUGAAAACGCUUAGGGAAGUCGACAUUAUAGCGCCUAUGCCGUCCUUGCUGAAGCCGAAGAGCAAAGGCGAGUUGCGAUUACGCAGUACGAAUCCGGCGAUUCCUGUCAAGAUUUAUGCAAAAUGCUUUUCCGAGCAAAAGAACAUCGAAACGAUGUUAGAGUCCUUGAACUUUAUAAAGAAAGUGCUAAAAACUGAGACAUUCGUACGACAAGGAGUAUCGUUGCAUCAUCUGGAUAUUCCAGGUUGCCGGCACACCGAAUCCGAUUCCGACGAAUACUGGAGAUGUAACUUGCGACACACUUCCAUCACAUAUUACCACGCAACUGGUACAGCGAAAAUGGGUCCUCGAAGUGAUCCUACAGCCGUCGUAGACGCUCGAUUGAGAGUACACGGAGUGCAAGGGCUCAGGGUCGUCGAUGCAUCUAUUAUGCCGACGAUCAUAAGCGGAACUACGAUGGCACCUACGAUAAUGAUAGGAGAGAAAGGUGCAGAUUUAAUCAAGGAGGAUUGGGCGGAUGUGGGUGGCAAAGCUGAUUAGAAAACAACACAGCUGUACCACGUUGUAUAUAGUAGAUGGAAGGCUCCCCUUCUCGUGUUGCAACUUGCGAAUUAACAAGCGAACACAUAAUUGAAUUGGGAAAUUUAAGAAAAUCUCUCGUACAAUGUAUGAUUUUUAUCAAGUAUAUGAUUUUAUAACUUAUGUUUUAUUUUGCAAUAUUUCAUUGUAUGUGUCACAUUUCAUUGUGCACAUAAUAAAGUUUAUAUUUUAUCAACUUUAAA